AUGAUAUUUUUAUCGCAUCCUCAUCGCCGAAGGAGCAUGAGACUAACAAAGGCUUGCUUGAGAAUCAAUCCAACCAAAUGUACAUUUGGCGUAUCGGAACUGACCUUCUUAGGACAUCUCAUUUCAGGUGAAGGAUGUAGGCCAAUACCUGAAAAAGUAAAGGCUAAUGUCAAUUUCCCAAAACCGAAAACGGUAGUUGACUUACGUAGGUUCUUGGGGAUGAUAAAUUUUUAUCGUCGCAGCCUUCCUCAUUUUGUGCAAACCAAAGCACCUCUUCACGUUUACUUGCAUGACUCGAAAAAGAACGAUAAGCGAAAAAACCUUUUGACUAUAGAAGCUGAUCAGGCGUUUGAGAAAAUCAAAACUGAUCUAUCAAACGCAGUUCUAUUAGCUUAUCCUUCUUCUGAUGAUAAAAUUAGAGUAGUUACGGACGCCUCAGACUUUGCUAUGGGCGCCUUUUUGGAGCAAUUUACCAAAGGUUCAUGGUUAACCCUCGCAUUCUUCUCCCAGAAGUUUACCCCGGCUCAAAAACAAUAUAGUGCUUAUGAUCGUAAGCUUACUGCAGCAUUUGAAGCUACCAUGUACUUUAGGUAUUUUCUGGAAGGCAGAGAAUUUAAAUUAUUAACUGAGCAUAAACCUUUGAUCUAUGCAUUUAUGCAAAAGUCAGAUGAGGUAUCUCCUCGACAACAAGAAACUGAUGAGGAUCUUGAAGAAUUUCUGGAUACUCCGGAACUUAAUUCAAGGUUAAAGCGAUUUGUAUUCCGUUUAGACAAAGCAAGUCUUUAUUGCGAAUCCUCAAGUAACGACUUGAGACCUUUUAUUCCUAGUUCUCUUCGUCAACGGGUUUUUGAAUUAUUGCCCAACCCAGCACAACCUAAUGCUAAAGUAACUGAUAGGAUAAUUCAAUUGUUGGGCUGUAAACGAAUUCGUAGCAUUGCCUAUCAUCCAGCAGCCAAUGGCUUAAUUGAACGAUGGCAUAGAUCACUCAAGUCAGCGAUAAUGUGUCACUCUGGCAAGGACUGGCCUAGAUUGCUUUCAACAGUGCUUUUGGGAUUACGUACUCAUGUCCGUUUGGACACUGGUGCUUCACCAGCAGAAUUUCUUUAUGGCACGACUCUCAGAGUUCCACAAGGAAGUUUUUCAUCUCACGGAAGAAGUUCACAGCAACCUUUGUAUCGCUUUGACCCAGAUGAAAAUACUAUAAUACUCAAGUCUAGAGUCGGGGAUAUUGAGGUGGUUCGCUCGACUUUCGGCGGUACUAAUCCUAUUAGUGUACCGAAGACAUGUACCUUUCUGGGUCAUCCUACACCCCGUGGUAUUCCGACUCUUGCUACUAAAGGAAAUGAAAACUUUCAAACCGUUCCUCUUAUUAAUACUAUAGAUCACGUGAAAUAUUGUGUGGCAUAUUUAACAGAAAAUGAAGAAGUUUUAGGAGUUAAGGCUCCACCAACUGACCAGGAGGCGGCACGUGACCAAUAUAACGGUGAUCCAAGUCUUCUCAAUCCUAACGCUACGAAAUCUUAUAUCACUUAUAUGGGCUUCGACUUCGAGGUGACUCAUUUUCCUCUGAAUCCACUCUUACCGUCGGAUAUAAAGCAUUACCCUUACAAUAAAAAUAAUGAAGAAUACACGUUAGGUUAUAUUACCACAUUUGCGGUGAAACCCAUAAUGAUGAGGUUUGGUGUCAUUCGAUUUUUUGGGAUAUGUAGAACUAGAAACCCACAUUAUCCUGGUGAACACAUUGUAUGUGAAUCCGCUCAUCUUCAUGUGAGGGACGUUCCUACGCUGAUCAAAGACCACCUCCCUAAACACAUGGUGGCAGAGCUGCGCGCUUUCAAGCCGAACUGA